CGGCGCGGGCGGCGCCGCGCCGCCGGCCAUGGCCGCGCCAGCCGCGCUGCUGAGCCCCCACCACCUGCUCUCCCUCUGCUUCCCGGCCGGCGGCGGCCUCCUGGGCUACGCCGACCUGGAGAAGGGCUACGAGGGCGGCGGCGACGCGGCGGACUUGAAGGAGGCCGCCCGCGACCUCCUCAGCUUCAUGGACUCGGCCUCCAGCAACAUCAAGCUGGCGCUGGACAAGCCCGGGAAGUCCAAGCGGAAGGUGAACCACAGGAAGUACCUGCAGAAGCAGAUCAAGCGCUGCACCGGCAUCAUCGCCGCGCCGCCCCCCGCCGCCGCCGCCGCCGCCGCCGCCGCCGCGGCGCCCGAGCCCGCCCGCGGCCGCCCGCCGCCCGCCGCGCCCUGCCCCGCCAAGGCGGCGGCGCGCCGGGAGGCCUCGCAGGCGGGCAGCAGCCUGCAGAGCCGCAGCCUCGCCGCGCUCUUCGACUCGCUGCACCAGGCGGGCGGCGGGGCGCGGCGGGGCGCGGCGGGCGGCGGCGCCGAGGGCGGCGGCGGCGGCGGGCGGAAGGUGCCGCUGCGGGACCGCAACCUGCCGCCCUCCUUCUUCACGGAGCCGGCGCUGCCCGCCGCCGCCCGCGCCCCGCCGCUGCCGCCGCCGCCGCCGCCGCCGGGCGCCAGGGAGGCGGAGAAGGGCGGCGGCGCCGAGGCGGCCGAGUUCCUGGAGCUGCUGGGCGCCGAGUACGGCGCGCUGCUGCCCGAGCACGGCGCCGCGCCCGACGCCGCCUUUGCCGGCCGUCUGCCCGCCGAGCUCGGCCUCGAGCCCGGCCUCUACGAGGCGGCGGCGGCGGCGCUGCCCGGCGCCCCGCAGGCGCUGCUCGGCGCGCUGCUCUACCCCGAGCCGCCCUGGAGCCCGCCCAAGAAGGCGCCGCCCGAGGCGCUGCGCCCGCUGCCCGCCGCCGCCGCGCCGCCGCUCUACGCGCCCGCCGAGCCGCCCCCCGCCGCCGCCGCCGCCGCCGAGGAGCCCGGCGGGCACCUGGCCGCCGCCUUCGGCCCCUUCUUCCCCGAGUGCCCGCUGCCGCCGCAGCUGCCCUACGACUACGGCUACCACCGCGCGGCCUACUCGGGCCUGUAGGGCCUGCGCGCGGCGGCGCC